AUGGUGCUACCAAAACUCUUCAAAAACUCCAAAUCCCACCACAAGAAGAAAGAGAGCAGAAGCAGCAGCCCUCCGGACCUUCAAUUUGACAACAAUCUCUCUUCUGUUCCGGAACACAUCGCAUCACCACGUCGCAAGCAACACAUAGCCGCCACCACUACCACCACCACCACCCCAUCCUCCCAGGUGCACGAUCCCGCCCGGUCAGAGCAUCCCGAACGGAGCUCUUCUCACACCGCUGAAGCACGCAGCAAGCCAUCCCACCAUCGCCGGCAAUACUCCUCCCACCGAUCUGCCUCCUCCCCACCUCGCAGAAGCCCUACCAAAUCCCAGCCGAAGCCUUCGUCGGCCUCGUCAAGGCCUUAUCGAGACUCGCUCCCGCCCUACUCAUCCUCAGCCAGCCCGACAAUAAGCCCGACGAAGCGCAAGUCCAAGAAGCACUACUCCUCUUCCUCCUACGACCACCCGUUGAACCUUCACCCGGACGAGCUUCGACGCCUUUCCGCCAUGGCGGCUGCGAGAGAUGAGGCUCGAGGCUCUAUGGAUUUAGAGUCCGAGACCCCGACUUCGCCAUCCUCCUUUGUCACACCUUCGCAAACUUCCCCUGCAACCUCUGCAACCGAAACCAAUGGCGUGAACUCCAAAAUUGCGGACGAGGACCGGAGCCCAACCCCGCCUCCUCAUACCGUUACACCUCCUCCCGCGCCCGUGGUCGAUGCGGAAGCUUGUAAGCUGGCGGGGAAUAAAUUCUUCAAGGCUGGAAACUACCAGAGAGCUAUCUUGGAGUAUACGAAGGCUGUUGAGGCUCAACCAACGUCACCAACCUAUUUGUCCAAUCGUGCGGCCGCCUAUAUUUCUGCAAACAGGUACAAUGAAGCGUUGGAGGAUUGCAAGCGAGCCGAUGAGCUUGAACCAGGAAACCCAAAAAUCAUGCAUCGGUUAGCACGCAUAUACACUGCUCUUGGACGACCCUCAGAGGCCCUGGCUAUUUACUCCCAAAUACAACCACCGGCCUCUACGAAGGACAAGGCACCUGCAGAAGCUAUGCUGAGGUACAUCGCCCAGGCCGAAGAGACCCUGAAACAAGACAAAGGGGGUGGCUCAAUGGUCUUGUACUCCUUGGACCAGGCAGUUCGAGGGCUGGGUACUGGAAUGACACAGCCUCGCAAAUGGCUGUUAAUGCGAAUUGAAGCAUACUUGAAAAUGGGAAACAUCAAUGCGUUAGGAGAUGCACAGAAUAUUGCUAUGUCCUUAUUGCGGGAGAAUAGCCAGGAUCCGGACGCUUUGUUCUUACGGGGCCGGUUAUUCUACCUCCAAGGUGACAACGAACAAGCGAUCAAGCAUUUUAAGCGCGCGUUAAGCUUAGACCCUGAUUCUACGGAGACGGUAAAAUAUCUGCGUAUGGUUCAGAAAUUGUUGCGUCACAAGGACGAAGGAAAUGCAGCUUUCAAAGCCAGGCGGUACCGGGAAGCGAUAAAAUUGUACACGGCCGGUCUCGAGAUAGACCCAACCAAUAAAGAUAUCAAUUCAAAACUUCUCCAGAACCGGGCCCAGGCACACGUCAACCUUAAUGAAUAUGAACAAGCGAUCGAGGAUUGCACCAAGGCCUUGGAACUAGACCCUACAUAUUCGAAAGCGAAGCGGGUACGGGCGAAAGCAUAUGGCGGCACGGGUGACUGGGAGAAGGCGCUGAACGAGCUCAAGAGCAUCGCCGAAAGCAACCCUCAUGAAAGGGGAAUACAAGAGGAGAUACGCAACGCAGAGUGGGAACUUAAGAAGAGCCAGCGCAAGGACUAUUAUAAGAUUCUUGGGGUUGAAAAAACCGCUACUGAUCAGGAGAUUAAGAAGGCAUACCGCAAACUGGCUAUUCAACACCACCCCGACAAGAACCGCGACAGCGACAAGAGUGACGAAUUGUUCAAGGAGAUCGGUGAGGCCUAUGAGGUCUUGAGCGACCCACAGAAACGGGCUAGCUAUGACAAUGGGGAUGAUCUCCUGGACCCUUCUGACAUGUUUGCCCGUGGUGGUGGCUUCAGCCACAUGGGAGGCAUGGGCGGUAUGGGCGGUAUGGGCGGUGCGAAUAUUCGUCUCGAUCCAAAUUUUAUCUUCAACAUGAUGAAUGGUGGUGGUGGUUCAUUCGCACACGCCGGCGGGAACCCAUUUGAAGCACAGCAUGGAUGGUAAUCCUCUAUCAUCUCUAGAAUGAAUCUGGAUCAAUGAGGAUAAGAAAGUGGAUGGCAGCUUGGACAAAGUUUUAUACUCUUGGCUCAAUUUUUUCCCUCUUUAUUUCCCUCAAUUCAAAAGCAGUUCGCUUUGUCCUCAUUGUUCUCACUGUUUCCUUUCCCUGUUGUUUGAGUAAUCUUUGAGUUUUUUUUGGUUUUUCUCCCAAAUACCUACCAUUGCAUUUGAUAUCCAACGUCCAAGCAUUCGUCCCCCUGUGCUGGUUUGAUAGAUGCAUGCAAGCAUUCAUAUAC